AUGGCAGAUGUCCGGACUCGAGUUCAUCAUGCAACCCAUGUUGACGGUGGGGUUGGAACCUCAAGGGUACCACAAGUUGCAUCAGGUUCAAGGUCCGUUACAAUAGACUCCGCCGAACUUGCAAGAAUUAUUCAAGAAGGGAUAGCAGCGGGUAUGCAACAAAAUACUCGGGCAGCAACAGGGUUCACCUCCAAUACACCAUUCACUCCAGAAGUCCUCUCGUACCCCCUUCCCGAUAGGUUCAAGUAUCCUCGGAUAAAGGAGUAUGAUGGGACAACCGACCCCAUCAACCAUCUCAAUGUAUACACGGAUAUCAUGAACUUUCAGGUUGCACCAGAUGCGGUAAUGUGCAAGGCAUUCCCUCAAACCCUCACGAAUGCGGCUAGAGAUUGGUUUUCCACAUUGGAACCGAACUCCAUCACCUACUUUUCAGAUUUGGCUAACAAGUUCUCCGCUUUCUUUGCGAGCAGCAAAAGAAUCAGAAAGAUAGCUGCAUCGCUCAUGCAGAUGCGUCAAGGACCCAACGAAACACUGCGCACUGCAGUCUCAGCUCUGACUUACGCCAUUAAAUGUGAAGCGUUCAAAAUAUCCUUAUCUAAAACCCCACCGAAGUCCGUAACCGAGCUACUCACACGAGCUGAGAAAUACAUCAAUAUGGAAGAAACCAUGUCCCCAAAAAGGGAAGUUACCUUAUCAGGGAGGUUGGAUCAGAAAAGGCCACAUGAGUCCAGCUUAAGACAAGAGACACCUAGGGUCAAACCAAGAAAGGAUCCACCUUCAACGGCUUUUACCCACCUGAACACUUCGAGGUCCAACAUCCUGAUGGAAAUCAAGGAUUUUAGGAAACUGAAAUGGCCUCCCCGAUUGCGAUCUUCCCCCGAUACUCGUGACGAGAGCAAAUACUGUGAUUUCCAUAGAGAUCACAGCCAUACCACAGAAGAUUGUCUGGCCUUAAAGCGGGAAAUCGAAGCUCUUAUAAGAAGAGGAUUUCUGAGCUCUUACAUUAACAAUGACAAACGCCCGAGGAAUAACCAGAAUGGGGAAAAAGGCCCAGAGGAUCGGGGAAACAAGCAACCAACUGCAGAGGACAUCAGCUUUGGGAUGGAUGACUUGGAAGGCAUAGCAUUCCCCUGUGAUGAUGCCCUUGUCAUAUCGGUCAUCAUCGCCAACUUUGAAGUCAAGAGAAUUCUGGUAGAUAACGGAAGUGCAGCAAACGUACUGUCUCACAAAGCUUUUGUUCAAAUGGGGAUCUCGUCAAAACAACUAAAGUCAGUGAAAACACCCCUGCAAGGGUUUGGAGGUGGGGUCAUCACCCCGGAAGGUAUCGUUAGGUUACCCUUAACAUUGGGAACCGAAGGUAAGCAGGUAACGCAGAUCACUACCUUUGAAGUCAUUCGUACGCCGAUGGCUUACAAUGCCAUAUUGGGAAGACCAAUGCUCAACAAAAUUUGA